UGACAGGAGUCACGUGACCCGUGGGGCUGAAACAUGGCGGAUGUCGAAACAACGAAAUCUUUGAACGGUUUGCUGAAUGGAAUAGCACAAAUAGUGUAUUACAAUAAUGCUGAAAUAACAGAGGAACUUUUGAAAAAUGAACUUUAUCCAGACUUAACGCCGGAGGAGUUUCGCGCGAUGCAUGAAAAGAUGAAAGGUCUUUUAAAGUCCAUCGCCGCUGCUAACAUGGACCAGGCCCAGCUGGAAGCCUUCCUGACUGCCCAGACCAGGAARCAGGGCACGGGGGGUGUGAGCGCCGAGCAGGCGGCUGCCCUCUCCCGGUUCUGGAAGAGCCAUCGGGCCCGUGUGAGGGAGAGCCUGCUGGGCCAGAGCCGCUGGGAGCCCGGCCUGAAGGGCCUCACCUGGAGGGUGGACCUCCAAACCUCAGCCAGCAGAGGGGGGGCCRCCAACAUUCCUGUGGCCCUGGUGGAGCUGGAACUGGGCAGGGCUGGAGAGGACUCAGACUUUGUGUGUCUGGAGUUUGACGAGGCGAAGGUGAACCAGGUGUUGGAGAAGAUGGCUGAGAUCCAGGAGAGCAUCGACACCAUCGUACACCGCAGCUAGGGUCUAAAUGUGUGUGUGAGUGAAAGAAAGAAAGAGAGGAACGUCCCCAUUCUGUAAAAAAAUUUUUUUCUUCUUUUCCUGUCAUUUCCCUUUCUAUGACUUGGACAGAAAACAUUAGCCUGCCAUACAGCAGACAGGACAAAUAUGCCUUAUAGAUGUGUCUUUAUACCUUUUUAUUUACUGUACACACUGGCUAGCUAAUUUCUUACAGUAAGUCCUUUCUGUUGAAUCUAACAUUGGCCUUAUUUACUCCAAAGGGGAUAUUGUUCUAUUACUGCUAGAGAAGAUAACAUGCUGUGUUUUUUUUGUUUUUGUGGCCUGGAAGGAAGACUUCUUUUCACGUACAGAACUUACACUACUGUUAUGCUUGAUUUUACGAUUAGUGCAAUGUCCAUUUUGUACGUACCCAUUGCCAUUCCAGACAGUGACACGUUGAUAUUUUCAGUUUAAGCCUAGUAAACCUAACAUCCCCUUGCUUAAUGUUGGGCAGACAACUUGUACAAUAUCGUUGUUCCCAAAUGAGCUGCUUCGUUCCACAGUAUUACUAUCACCAUCGUGAAUUUCCUUCUGGGGGAAAUGUGCUUCACAGCCCCUCGAAACAUUCUGACUGCCUGACCUGGCCUAGACUUUCAACACUGGGCACAGACCAGGGGUGUAGGAUAUUGGGUGAGGUGAGACAUUCACAACAUUGCAAAUAGAACUGACAAGAUGAUCUGUUCUACGUACAACAUAUUCAGAUAAUUAUUUUGCAUGGUUGCACCCUCCUGGACAGGCCCACGUGCUGUCCCAAUUGGCCCAAUGGCGUACAUAUCCUUAUUUUCUUGUCUCAUUUAUUUUGGUUUGAAAGACUUGAUUUCUUGAAAAGUAAAAUGAUGGAAAUGUAUCUGGUCCUUUGAACUGUCAGUGAUCAUGAAAGAGAAAAAAACUAACAUUUAUUCAUCCAUAGUAAUGUCAUAAAGAUUAAUUUGUACAAUGAAGGUUAGAGCUGGGACUAUAAACCAAAAACAAUCAAUACUGACCGAACCAACCAUUUUUAUCUAGGACAUUUUACUGAAAUUGACGAUAAGUAGCCUUUACUAGAGGAAUGUGUCCUUUUAAAAAAUUCAGUAAGUCUGCUAAUAUGCAUUAUUUCUAACUGGGUAAUUGAUAGCUACAACAUUCAAAGUAGUUUUAAGGGUAAUACAAAAGAAGUAACUGGUGCACAUUCAUGUUAUCAAUUUAUUGUUCAGUUGGUCRUUAUCGUAAUAAUUCAGACAAUUUAUCACGAUAUGGAUUUUUGUCCAUAUCGCCCAGCUCUAAUGAAGGUUCAUGUCAUCUUGUUACCCCCAUCUGCAGAAUGGGAUAUCAACCCACUGUAACAGGCUACCAAGCUAAACACUUUGGACCAAGUAUAAUAAAAAAAAUUUUUUUUUAAAUGUCACAAUGUAUCAAAGCCUGCUUUUCAUUUUGUCUUUGUAAUUAAUAAAACAAAGUUAAAGGACCUGA